GGGAGGAUCACUCAGCUGGUCGCCUGUCAGCGCCGCAGUCAGUCCUCUUCCGACUACCAUCCGCGUGAGUCAGUUCUCCCACGAACAUUUCACUGUGACAGCCGCGAAGAGAUUUUGCAGCGGAAUUCAAAGAUGUACGCACUCAAAAUGAUCACGGUUCAGGUUCUUCUGUUAUCCUCUGGUCCAUGCUCUGCAAGAGAGCCAUAUUUCAGAAGUGUUCCAACAACAGUGAAGACAUCUGAAAAUGAUACAGUCUUACUGCCUUGUUAUGUAAACGAUCUGGGUUACAAUGCUGUGCGAUGGUGGUGGGAGAACCAGCUGGUGGCAGAUUCAAGUAACCCUGGGCUAGUAUCCUCACCACGGAUCAAGAUGCUGCCAAAUAACACACUGCAAGUGUCAGAUCUGCAGGCUGAGGAUACAGGAGAGUACAAGUGUCAGAUUAUUCGGCCAGAACCGUGGGGACCUAUACAACAAGUUCAUGCCAUUGAAGUUCUCUAUCCACCAUCAGUAACUCCCAUCCCUGAAGAAGGCCUGUUGGAAGUGCAGCUAGGGGAAGAAGUUGUAAUGGGAUGUUCAGCUUCAGGGGUACCGCACCCCAUUGUCACAUGGUCUAAUGAGGGUGAAGAGAUGCAGCUUUUGGACAACCGUCCUAUUUUGCGGUUUCAAGCACAUACUAGGCAUUUGGCUGGAUUAUACCAAUGUAUAGCUAUCAAUGGGGUUGGCAGUCCUGCAACAGCUACUAUACAGCUCAGAAUACUCUUUCCUCCUGAGAUAGAAGUAGAAAGGCCAUGGGUUCAUGCUGCUCCAGGCAUCAGAUCAGAAUUAGUAUGUAAUGUCCUUGCUGAUCCUGAUGCUAAGGUGAUAUGGCUGAAAAAUGAUGUUCCAGUGAUUACCAGUACACGUGUAGUAGAGCUGUCAACAAAAAACAAGUACACUCUUCUAUUACGCACUGUCCAUCCACUGGACUUUGGUUAUUUCAAAUGUCGAGCCAUGAACGAGCUUGGUGUCAACGAAAAAAUCAUACAACUGUCAGGUGUUGCAAAUCCAGCAAUUUUUAAGAAUGAGUCAGGUGUUCCUUCUGAAACAAACUACACUCUGAUCUGGGAAGUGGACAGCUACUCCUCCAUCAUAGAGUAUAAUCUACUAUUCCAGAGAUAUUCUCCACAUACAAAAGGACAUGAGUGGACAAAGUUGAUCAUUCCAGCAGACAGCUCUUCUCCAGGACCUAUUCACAGCAAGUCUUACACUCUCACUGGCCUCUCUAUUGCUACUGUGUAUGAAGCAAUGAUUCUUUCAAGAAACAGGUUUGGCUGGAGCAAGCCAUCGGCAAUACUGAGGUUUGGCACCGAGGGAGCUGACUUUGGAUAUGACGAACAUGUGCUUCCAACAGAAACAAAGUCCGAAGAUAACAUUAUCAGAGCUGAGUUGGCUGCCAUCCUGAGACAAACCAACUUGGGAACAUCUUCACAGGCAUCAUUCAUUUUCACAAUGCUAUUCUUGAUUUUUCGACUGUGGGUAUGAAGAUUGUAUAUUAUUGUAUUCAUGACAAUUCAUCACAUCUUAAGAGCACAUUAAACAUUUUUUUAACGUUA